CAAGGCAUGCAAUAAGCUAGAACAAUUGUACAUACAUGGUUGGUAGAAUUGUGGGUUAAUCAAAUGAAGACUACGCAAGAUGCUUCAGUGACACCGCAAGCGACUAGUGCGCAUGUGCCAAUAUUUAAAAGACUAAAGUGUAUGGAACGGCAGGAUAAAAGGGAACCAAUUCAUGAAGCUUUCAUAUGCCCCGCAUUGCUGUAUUUGUGAAGCAUGAACCGUAUUCGUCGCGUGUACUUCGGAUCCCUGUUCCAAUCCUUAACACAACGAAACCUGUAAAGCGUUGGCGACUAGCGUCCUAUUAGCUCCAGUACUGUUUGAACCAUGCACGGUGUUUAGUCUAGGCCGCGAACUGGUUCUAACAUCUUCUCAAAACGACGUUGUUGUUUGUGAACUAGUCUAUUGCCAUCCACGUUUUGUUUUGUUUCUUGUUUCUGUUAAACAGCUCAUGCCUGCUUAAGUUUCAGCCCCAGUCUUUGUUGCUAGCUUCUUGUUCUAAGUAUCCUAGCAACAUAAUCGGAUGGUCUGAUUAGAGGAAAUCAGAGUGAUAUUCAAAAAUACAACAUCCGUGCCGGGCGGAGGUCCUUGUUGCUGCCCCAUACAGUUGGCAGGGAACCGUCCAUCAACCUGCUGUAGGAAUAUACGCCAUUGAAAAAAGUGCCAGUCGUUUGUAGUUGAUCAAACCGAAACCUUAGGCGUAAAAGGGUAAGAUUGACAGUGUGCUUGGAGCAGUAGCAUCCUAUUCGUUGGGCCCAAGGGCUAGCCCCCACCUGACCGACCAUUAACCGGUCAUCUUCGAUAGCUACGAAGUGGAUCCAGGUUUUCUUUUUCCGUUCUCGUUCAGUGGAAUCGUGUGCAACUAUGACGUUCAUGUGACAUGAUACAGUUUAUAAAUUAUUCGUUGGUCGCUCAAUGCGGAUGGAAUUCAACAGAUGGUAACGAUGAUUCUGAAUCGCCUUGCCAGAAGUCAAAUGCCACGUUAAUUACCAAUCACCCUAGACCCUCCCACUAAUAAGUAUCCCGUUUUGGAGGAUACACAAACCAUAAAAUUACAUUUGCGUUAGGAAUAUUGUAUAUUUAUUUCUAGUGGCACGCGUGUAUGGUUCCUGUAUUAAAUUGUGGUAUUAGAAGUAGAAGAGGAGGCAAUCAAGCAGGGAGAGCGAAAAGGGAAUGUGAUAGGUUAAAAAAACUAAAACUGAACAGGAUAAAAGUAUUCGCAGGAAAUGGCUGUUGAAGGAUUAAAAAAGGCUGCGUUGUAUGAACAGGGGCUCUAUUGGAACAGCUUGGCGUGGGAAUUUAAUAUGCAGCCGUAAGUGGAAUGAACUUGCCAUCGAAUAUGAGCAUGGAAAACCAUCCAAAGAAAUAAUCCCGGCUAGAGGAAGCAACAGUAGUAGCCAAAUAAAAGAAAGAAAGAGAGACAGAGAGAGAGAGAGAGAGAGAGAGAGAGAGAGAGAGAGAGAGAGAGAGAUAGAGAGAAAAAGAGACAGAGAGAAUAAAAGUCCGUGCGCCACAGGUUUUGAAGUAGAUGGAAUAGAUGUUACAAUCAAGAUGUAAGGGUAGAAAUGUAAAAAUCUUCAUAUGUAAUGCCUGGCUUAUGAAUGCAGCAUUCAUAAUGACCGCGGAAACAGCGCUGGCAACGGAUUAGUGAGUUCUCAAUAGUCGAGACUCUUUUCAUAGCCACCCAAUAAUGUUGCUCUAACCAAAUGAGGGGCAAAUGCAUAUAAUCCGUAAAGCACUACAUCUCACUGGGUAUGUAUAGGUGUUAUCUUAAGUUAGCUAACUUAAGUUUAUAAAAAAAACCAUUGUUAUGGAAAACUUAACGUUUCGAUCGUUUACGCCGCUGUGCUUCCAAGUCGACGCCGAUCAUCAAAUAAUAUUGUUAAAAGGACGAUGUUUCGGGAGUAUCAAUUUUGAGGAAUCGAUACGUUUGCUAGUACGAAAAAUGCGUACCAGUUUAACGUGCAAGCCAACAGUAAGAGAGCCAACCAAGACAGCAAACCAUAGAGAUCAAGAAGACUUAGGCCCACGCUCAAUCGAUACACAUCAGUGCAAAAGCAAAGAUCUAGCGAAUUAUUGUUAUUAACGGUAAACAGAAGAAGCAUAGUGUGCAUAUCAUAUUUAAGCAACCAGAGAUCACAUUUUUAAACACUUGGUUAGCGGUGCUCACGCAAACAUAUUCGCACGCCAAAGAAGAUUGAAAAACGCAACGGUUCCCUUGGGCUGGUUCGCACGGGCUGCAGCCCUCUAUAAUCGCCAACCGAAUACUGUCAACUAUCAACCGAAACAUACGUCAAUCAUACACACUACAGAAUCCAGUGGGACGCACCGGCAAAUGGAAUUAGAAUCAUUUGUUUAAAAAGUAGUAUUCCCAUAACGCUGUAGUUUUAAAAAUGUGCGACCCGAUCUGCCGGGAGGAGCAGCCUACACUCAGCAGCAUCGUUGACUACUCCAGUCAUAUCAGCGGCCGUUUGGCUUUUACCAUCAAUCCUGGCAACAUUCCGAGGAUUCGGCUAACUCAUCUACUCUGCAGCAACGGCUGUAUCGUCGCCGACGUAAGAAGUCCGCAGUCCAGCGUGUGUUCUGUUUCCAGUACGCCAUGAACUGUACCGUCAGCCGUCGUCAUCAUCAUCAUCAACAGCCACAGCCACUGCUCAACAAAGCUGACGAAGACGACAACGACGAAGACUACAACGACUGUUCUUUAGUCUCCACUGCUGCUCCACAAAAUGGUACCAUUCCAGCUGGAGAUAUUUGCUCUCGUGGCCGUACUCGUCGGCUUCAUAGUCAACACCUACAUUGUCGUGAUAGUAAUACUCACGAAGCAGAUAACCUUUGCCAGCAAGGUGCUGCUGCUGCAUCUGGGAAUCGUUAACACGGUGUUGUGCCUGUGCUACUGCAUCUUCUAUGCGAUCAGCCUGCUGCAGCUGCUGCCGGUUGGAUUGGAAGCGAUGGACGUGACCUGUCUGCUGUUCGGGCUUUGCUUCAACACGCUCCAUUCCAUCGCCCUGUGGACACUCUGUGCGCUCAACUUCGAUCGUUACUUCGCCAUCGCGACACCACUGCAUUAUGGCACUUACAUCAACACCAAAAAGCAGGUGCUUAUAACUCUUGGUGCCGGUUGGAUAGUGUCAACACUAUUUAGCCUACCGCAGGCGGCCCGUAUCUCCGCGUACAAGUUCGACAAUGACUAUGCGCUCUGUCUACCAAACUCGCCGACCACCGAAUCGCUCGUCUAUAGUGUAAGCUUCGUGCUGUUCACUAUCCUGCUACCGAUCAUCCUUAUCCUUGGAUGCAAUAUGAAGGUACUGAUGAUUGCACGAUACCAGCGAAAUCGGAUCGCCUCCGCUAUCCUGGAGGUGACGCUGUCGGCGCAGCUCACCAUCACGCACCAGCGUAAUCCGUUCUUCGUCCAGGGCGAGGCCGUCGGGCCGGGUGCACCGAGGCGACCGGGCGGCACCGGUGCAUUGGCUGACCCCGGUGGCGGCCUCACCGGUGACUGCAAGGCGUGCACGCAACCGGGCACCAACCAGAACAACCCGGCGGCCAACGUGAUCCAGCUGGUCGGCUCGGCCAUCCUGUUCCACUGUCCGUACUACUUCGUCAUCCUGUGGAACAGCGUGCUACCGUUCGUGACGGGUGGAUCGUGGCGAACGCCCGCCCUCCUGCUCAAUCUGGCCUUCUUUCUGCUGCUCCUCUCGCCCACCAUCAACGCGAUACUGUACGGCGUGCGGAGCAAGAUCGUACGCCGCUCGUUACGCAAUAUCUGGCGCAAGCAGAAGCAGAAAAUGGAGAUACACUACGAGAUACAGGCGCGAACACCGUCGACCUGUGGUUCACGGCGCCCUUCGCUCAGUGGAGCCCAGCAGCAGCAGCAGCAACAACAACAGCAACCGCUGCUGGUCGCGUUCGCCGAUGGCGGGACGCGUUCGGAAGUGUCUUGCACGGAGGCCAACCAGUACCACCAUCCGUCGGCCGCUAUCUCACGCGCGAACCGUAUAAAGUUCGGUAGUUGUUCGGCGCUGGCUACACCUUCACCGAGCAUUGCACCUACCCUAGCCGCCCACGUGCAGCAUGAGCUGCUGGCGGCACACGGUCAAUCGGCCAUCGGCAUCGGCAUCCGGCCGAAGAUCACAAUCACCAAGAUCCUUGCCGACGACGAUGAUGAGCCGGCUGCCCGGACACGCCUGCUGAGCGACUCCUCGGCGACCGAGGCUAGCGAGGGAGGCAGUUUGCACUAUGAUGACCAGCGGUGUGGUGCGAUGCCCCCACCGACCUCCAUCACGAUACCACCGACCCUUUACCACUAUCACACCGACAAUCGUAAUGUCGCAAGACAAUCAGGUGCCAAGCCGACCGGCGCCUCUAGCGCCAUCCGGCUCGAGCCGCAGCUAGCAUUUAGGAAGUUUUGUUCUUUACAGGAAAUUCUUGGAACUGAGUAAGGUGAGCAAAGAAAGGGGUAUCCGCACUAUUUAGCCUGUUACUAGCUCGUAAGAACUGGAACCCCUUUGAACAUACCACUUAGGAAACACACACACACACACACACACACACACACUUUACGGGCUAUGAGUGCGUAGGGGGAUUGGCAGUAACGAAUAGGAAGUGAAUAAUGAUAUUAUUAUACAUAUUAGCUACAAACCUAUAGAUAUAGGUGUACACUAAAUGUAGAUGUGAUGCAGUGUUUACACCGUUAUAGGCCACUCGCUCUCUGUCCCAUAGGGAAAGAGAAAGGGUGAUGGUGAUGAUGAGGCGAAAUGUAUAUGUUGAAUUUUUGAAUGUGAAUCGAAUGAAAGGUAGACUCAAUAAAAUGACCGCCCCCAACCAA